CUUUCAGGCUGAGCUCUCGGCAUCUUUUUACCAAAAGAUGCUACCAGAGAGGUGUAUAAGCCAAAUAAACUUACAUGUAUCCUUAGCAGAUGCGGAUCACGAUGGGAUAUGCCGUGACAACCUCCACAAUCCCGAGAUGGAUCGCCGGAGGCUGAUACGCGUCAACGGCAGGAGGGUGCCCGGGACUUGCGAAUGGAUCCGGGACAACGUGCUCUAUCGCUCGUGGUUGACCUGCUCCCAGCCGAGCUCGGAUACGGCCUUGCUCUGGAUCACCGGGGGUCCUGGCAUGGGCAAGACAAUGCUCUCCAUCUUUGUAAUCGAGGAGCUCGAAGCGCGGGCAAGGCAGGAGCAGGAGCCUUUGGUGACGCUGCUGUUCUUCUUCUGCUCGAGCAACGAGGCAGACCGCAACACAGCGGUCGCCAUCCUCAGCGGGCUACUGUUCCAGCUCAUCGAGCAACACCCAGGCCUGGCCAAGCACGCCUCCUACUACCUGAAGCCCAGCCACGCGGCGAGCUCGCUAGCCUCGUUCGACACGCUCUGGCACAUUUUCGAGAGGAUCCUCGGCGACGUGGCGCUCCAGACGGUCCAGUGUGUCCUGGACGGACUGGACGAGUGCGGGAGGGAGUCGGCGGGCUGGCUGCUGACGGCGCUCGAGGGCCAGGCGCGGUCGAGCCCAGGGAGGUUCCGGCUGCUGGUGCUAAGCCGGCAGAUGGAUGGCCUGGAGGGCUUCACCCGGCUGCGGCUCGAUGUCAACAACGACAAGCCGCUGGCCAGCGACAUCGAGCGGUGCAUCGCCGACGGCGUCAGAAGGCUUUCCCGCCUGGACGGGAUUGCGUCCAAGGUGUGCGACAUGCUCCAGGCCAAGUCGGACGGUACGUUUCUCUGGGUGGGCCUGAUUCUCAAGGAGCUGGCCAAGAAGAAGACGAGCCAGGAGGUGUGGGAGACAAUACACAGUCUGCCCAAGGGCCUGAACAAGAUCUACUCUCGCAUCCUGGACCAGAUCCAGCCCCAGCAGCAGGACGAGAGCGCGCGGCUCCUGCGCUGGGUCGCUACGGCGAUGCGCCCGCUGCGGCUUGAAGAGCUGCAGGAGCUGCGAGGGCUGGCGGGAUGCGGUGAUGGGCCGGCAUGUCUCGUCAGCAGCCUCCAGGCGUGCCGCGAGCAGGUGGUCUGCUGCGAGGGCCUCCUGAGGAUUCACGACGACGCCGUCCACUUGGUCCACCAGUCGGCCAGGGACUAUCUGCUGGGCGUCGCGAAGCCCUUUGGUAUCCGGCCCGAGGAGGCGCACCUCGAGCUCGCCAGGCACUGCCUGAGCUGCCUGGAGCAGAGUGAGGCGCAAAGCCCAUCGCCGCUCCUGGACUAUGCCACCAUGUACUGGCCAGAGCACGCCCGGCAGUCGAAGCAGCACGCCAACAAGGUCCUGGAGCGGUCGCGACCCUUGUUCCGCGACGGCUCUCCCCUGGGGCUGCGCUGGUGGCAGUUUUGGAGCCGCAAAAUCACCGAGCGCGACGACCUCGGCCGCACGCUCCUCCACUGCGCCGCGAGCGGAGGGCACCAGGACAUGGUAGAGCUGCUGCUCCGCCACCGCGCCGAUGCCAACGCAAAGGACGGCCGGGGCGGGACCACGCUCAUGUGGGCGGCGGCGCAGGGCCAUCAGGGAGUCACGGACCUGCUCAUCAAGCAUGGAGUGGACGUCAACGCCAAGGAUCAGAGGCGGCAGACGGCGCUGGGCAAGGCGGCGAGGCAGGGACACCUGGAGAUUGUGCGGCGCCUCCUCCAUCUCGGCGCCGACGUGGAGGCCGAGGACGACCGGAAGCAAAGGCCGCUGGGGCUUGCGGCGGAGCAGGGUCACGAAGCCGUCGUGGAGGCGCUGCUGAAGCGGACGCCGCAGGUCGACAACCAGGACUUUUGGGGGCAGACGGCGCUGAUGAGGGCGGCACAGCGAGGCCACGCCGCGAUACUCAUCUGCCUGCUCCUGGACAACGGCGCCGAGGUGGAUGCCCGGAGCACUCCGCAACAAGACACGGCGCUGAUUAAGGCCGCCGAGGAGGGGCGUGAGUCCAUCGUGCGGCUGCUGCUCGACCGCGGCGCCGACAUGGAUGCCCGGGACUGGGCCGCCAGGACGGCGCUGAUGAGGGCCGUCGACAGGGACCAGGAGGCGGUGGUGCGGCUGCUGCUGGAGCGCGGCGCCGACGUCAACGUCAACAGCUGGGAGGAGGGCACGGCGCUGAUGAGAGCGGCGCGGCGUGGGAAUCCGGCCGUGGUUGAGCUGUUGCUGGCGUCUGGCGCCGACGUCGAUGCCAAGGACCAGUUCAGGGGGCACGACGCGCUCAUGGCAGCCACCACGGCCGACCACGCACGCGUCGUCCAGCUGCUGCUCGACCAUGGCGCCGAUGCCAACGCGCGCGGCCUUCGCGGCGAGAUGGCCCUGAUGGCCGCAGCCGAGCGCGGCAACGACUUCACCACGCGGCUCCUGCUCUCCCGCGGGGCUGCCGCCGGCGCGACCGACUUGGAUGGCACCACGGCCCUGACGAGGGCGUCGCAGCGAGGCCACAGGACCGUCAUCAACUUGCUGAGCUCGGCCCAGUCGGCGGAGCCGUCACAGUGGUUUGACGAGAAGAGCAAAGCAAGGCUGAAUCUGUCAUGA